AUGGAGAAAAUUCCAGAGGAUUGGCUGGUAAUAAGUGUUGAUGUCUGUUCAUUUAAUGGUGAUCUGUUGAUAUCAAAGAUUAACAAAGGUAUGAAAGCACCAAGUUUAUUGAGGUUACCCUUGAGCAGACAUUCAAGUCGUACUAUUGAUGAAGAGUCAUUUUCAUUUGAGGACGCUAUGAAGGAAUUGAGAACCAUCAUCGAAGAAAGCAAUAAAACAACAAGCAAAGUAAGGGUUUCAUCAAUCAACACAUUAGAAGAUAGACAAAAAUGGCAUCAAGAGCGUUAUGAUCUCGAUAUUAAGCUAUGUGAAUUUCUUGACAAAAUUGAAUACUGUUGGAUAGGAGGUUUCAAGGGUAUUUUCAAUCAGAAUAAAGUGGACUUGGAGCAAAAGUCACAAUUCAGAGAAAAGUUUUUGGGAAUAUUAGGACAAAAUAUUCCUUCAAGAAGUCAAAGAAACCAAAAUAGCUAUUCUAUUCAAAUUGAUGAUUUUAUAAUCGAGCUUUUCCUCAGUCUAGGUGAUCCAUCGGAGUUGGUUAGCACUGAACUAUUAGAGGAUUUGAUCUACUUUGUUUUGGACAUUCUUUUGUUUCAUGGUGAAGAAAAUGCAUAUGAUGAAAUUGAUAUUGAUAACAUAUAUGUUGAAGUGGAAGCUUUGAUUAAGGAAUAUUUAAUGAUGAACCCUGCACCACCUAAAUACAAACACACCAUUUUGAUUGUGGGUAAAGAAUGUCAGUCUAUUCCAUGGGAAUCACUUCCAAGUUUGAGAGGAUCCUCAACAACAAGAAUGCCAUCAUUGAGUAUGCUGCUAAACCUUUUAGGGGAAAAUGAAAAAAUGGUUGUCAAUAAAAGAAAUGGUUCUUUCGUAUUGAAUCCUAGUGGUGAUUUAGUAAAGACUGAAGGAAGAUUUGAAGAACAAAUUGAAGACCUAUGUCAAAACCACAAUUGGAAAGGAAUGAUUGGUAAGAAACCCUCUGAAGAUGAAUUUGCAAAGUAUGUGCAUGAUUCCAAUUUAUUUGUCUAUAUUGGACACGGUGGUGGUGAACAGUUUAUUAGGUCAACUACGCUAAAGAAGAUGGAUAAAAUUGCACCAUCACUACUUUUGGGUUGCUCUUCUGCUGCCUUGCGUGAUAACAAUUUUCUUGAGCCAUAUGGAACUGUUUAUUCAUACCUUGUUGGUGGCUGUCCUAUGAUAUUAGGAAACUUGUGGGAUGUUACAGAUAAAGAUAUUGAUAAGUUCAGCCUUUCCCUUUUGAAAAAAUGGGGACUUUCAUCAAGUCAGGUUGAAAAGUCUAUGAAUAUUAGCGAUGCUGUCAGACUUUCAAGGGAUGAGUGUAAAUUGAGAUUUCUAAAUGGAGCAGCGCCUGUGAUUUAUGGUCUCCCUUUAUCAUUGUUGUGA